AAAUUCAUUAAAUGCUUUGAUAAGUGUGUUUUGAUAUUUAUUUAACAUACUGUUCAGUAUGAAAAUUCUACAAGUGCAAUAUUAUUAGGAGAUAAUUGAAAACACUAGAGUAUAUGCUACAAUCAUCCCUAAAAUUGGUCAGAAGGGACCAUUUGCAAUGGACAACAUCAACGUUCUUCCACUAGAAAUUUUAGAACGAAUACUCAGCUACCUGAACUUUUCCGACCGAAAAACUGUUCGCCUGGUUUGCAGCUACUGGCGACAAGUUUUACAUGGCGUGCAAUUCCAACGGCGAUGUCGUAUCUCUAUUUGUCGUACCUUUAACCGGGAGCUACCCGAUAUGGAAAUGCGAGUAACGCAGAGCUAUCGUAAUAUAUCACUAAACCAAUGGAGUGAUUCCGACGAUGAAGACGACGAGCAGUGCACAAAUGAGGACAUAACCAAUUUAAAGUAUCUCUUUGAACCGUGUCCUGAGAACAACAUAAAAAAGCUUUUGUUCCAACGUUUCGACCUCGAAGCGCUAGCGCUGUACAGUAGCUUUGGAAGCAGUCGAGAAAUACUGGAAAAGCAACUUUCCAGUAUGACGAACCUCCGAGAGCUCGAGCUUACUUUUUGUAAAAAUAGGUACUCGUUGCCAGAUGAAAGCGUAUGGGUUAUCCAUCACGACAAACUUGAAACACUAAAGAUUGAUGUUACAAGUACAAAGCCAUUCAAAGUAGUACUUUCGCGUCUGAAAAAACUCGAAUUGUUAGCCGACUGCAGUUACAGUAUUCAUAUUAUUCAGUCGCAUUGUUGGCAGCUGCAGGAUCUAAAAAUUUAUUUCCAAGAUCCAAAAACAAUGGACGAUAUGAUGUCCUUAUCAUUUCCUGUGUUGACUAAUCUAGAGGUAUAUAUGUUCGCUGAUAAAGAUGUUCAACUUCGAUAUGCUCGAAUUCGAAACGAGUUUAUAGAUAGGGAGAAGGAAGAAAACUUUAUCAAAUCCAUGCCAAAGUUAAAGUCCCUGCUGAUAGAAAGUAAUUUGAUGUUCUAUCGCAUUCAAAUGGCUCUCACUAAACACGGCCACCAGUUGGAAAAACUAACUUUAGCAAGUUUGGUACUCGAUGCCGCCCAACUAUUAUGGAUUGAAAAAUUACCCAAAAUUAAGACUGUAAUUUUGCAAUACAUAGCAGUACCCGCAUCUCAAGCCCGCCUGGCAAAAUUACAUAUGCCUCACCUUCAUCACUUAGCACUGUUGUACAACAAGUCAUACAUUGGUUUUGAUAACGGGCUCAUCGGGUUGAAAUCACUGAAACUGACGGUAACUUGUGAAAGGAAUCAGACAAUUUUGCAUCAAAUUUGCAACAAACUGCCCAAUUUAGAGCAGCUGGAACUAUUUUUUUACUGUAAGCUAAUUACGAGUAUAAGAGCAUAUGUAACAAUCAUCUUUAGAAUUACGUAGAGGAAACUAUUCAC